AUGGCUGUGGCGGUACCCAACUGCCACUCGAGGGUGUCGAUGUCCGUCUCAAUGAGUUUAAUGCAAGGUACAGCUGGGCCGACGGCCGGUGCAGGGCAGCAAGGGGGGCUCCAUGGGGCCCAACCCUAUUACCAUCCUCAACACGCCGCGACCCCGGCCCAUACACAGGAACAGGUCCAACCGGAUAGGCCCAUUGGGUAUGGAGCAUUUGGAGUCGUUUGGGCCGUGACAGACCCCAGAGACGGUAGACGAGUGGCAUUAAAAAAAUUACCAAAUGUGUUCCAAUCGGUGGUGUCGUCGAAGAGGGUGUUUAGGGAAUUAAAAAUGCUGUGUUUCUUCAAGCACGAAAACGUUCUUUCAGCCUUAGAUAUCCUUCAGCCUCCACAUCUGGACUUCUUCCAAGAAAUAUAUGUAAUUACGGAGUUGCUGCAAAGCGAUCUACAUAAAAUUAUAGUUUCACAUCAACCCCUGUCAUCGGACCAUAUAAAAGUUUUCCUGUACCAGAUUCUUAGAGGUUUAAAAUAUUUACAUUCAGCUAGGAUACUACAUAGGGAUAUCAAACCCGGAAAUCUUCUGGUAAAUAGUAAUUGUGUUCUAAAGAUCUGUGAUUUUGGCUUAGCGAGAGUAGAAGAACCCGACACCAAUAAGCAUAUGACGCAAGAAGUGGUGACGCAAUAUUAUAGGGCGCCCGAAAUCCUGAUGGGGGCGAAACAUUACUCAGCCGCGGUGGACGUAUGGUCUGUGGGGUGUAUUUUCGGCGAACUUUUGGGCAGAAGGAUACUCUUUCAGGCGCAAAACCCCGUCCAGCAGUUGGAACUGAUUACGGAACUGCUAGGCACGCCAUCUCUAGAGGACAUGAAGUACGCUUGCGAGGGCGCCAAAUCGCACAUGUUGAGGAGGGCGCCAAAACCGCCAUCGUUAUCAGCGUUGUACACUUUGUCGUCGCAAGCCACUCACGAAGUGGUGCAUUUACUCUGUCAAAUGUUGGUGUUCGAUCCGGACAAACGAAUUACUGUUGUGGACGCUUUGGCUCAUCCGUAUUUAGACGAAGGUAGGUUAAGGUAUCACUCGUGCAUGUGCAAAUGUUGCUAUACGACGGCCAGCGGUAUGAGGCAGUACACGUCGGAAUUCGAGAGUACGGCGCCCCAACCCUUCGAUGAUCAUUGGGAGAAGAAACUCACCACUGUACAGCAAGUCAAAGAAGAGAUGCAUAAAUUCAUAGCCGAGCAACUCAACACGAGUCGAGUCCCUUUAUGUAUAAAUCCCCAAUCUGCGGCGUUCAAGAGUUUCGCCAGCUCGACGGUGGCCCACCCCUCGGAAUUGCCCCCAUCGCCCCACCAAUGGGAAUCGCCUAGGAUAGUGGUCAGAAGAUAA